AUGGGUCAUUCUUCAGUUGCCAUUGUUGAAAGCAAUGAAGUAACUCGGAAUAAUACAAAUGUCACUGAUGUGGGAGGUGAUAUUGGGACAGAUUUUAUGGACAUGAUUGAUUUUAGCAAGGUGGAGGAGAUGCAUGGUGGUGAUAAUGGAGGAGAAUCUGAACCCACUCAUGAACAUUAUUUGAGUCAAAUGGGUGAACAGAACCAGUACAAUGUGGCCGGUGUAAAUGAUGGAGAAGCAUAUUUGGACACAAGGUUGCUUGUGGUUUGUUGUCAAUGUCCAUGCCCAUGGCGGGUCCGAGCAUCGAGAAUUGGAGAAUACAACUUCAUGAUUGUGAGGUGUACAACUGUCCAUGAAUGUGAUUUGAGGUUUGUAAGUGACAAGCAUCGUCAAGCAACCGCAGCACUUGUAGCCACUUCACUUAAAAGGAAGUUGAAGGAUUGUCGGACAAUAUACACACCAAGUGACAUUAUGAGAUAUGUGAAACACAACUUUGGUUGCACCAUCCAUUAUUCGAAAGCUUGGAAAGCAAGGGAGUUAGCUCUAUUGUCCAUUAGAGGAUCAGCGGAGGAGGCAUAUUAUAUCCUUCCAGCUUAUUGCUAUGAAUUGGAGCGUAUGAAUCCCGGCACAAAAACACACAUCCAAACUGAUGAGAACAAUCACUUUGUGUAUUUAUUUAUGGCGGUUGGCGCAUGUAUUAGAGGGUUCCGUUCUUCCAUGCGCCCAGUGAUAGCCGUGGAUGCCACUCAUUUAAAAUCCAAGUACAAGGGUGUUAUGUUUGUAGCAAAUGCAUUCGAUGGUAAUCGAAAUAUAUAUCCUCUUGCUUUUGGGAUCGGGGAUUUGGAGACGGAUGCAUCAUGGCAUUGGUUUUUCACUAAACUUCAUGAAGCCAUUGGUGAGUGUCCCAAUCUUGUUAUUAUUUCUGAUCGCAAUGUUAGCAUAGAGAAUGUGUGGAACAAAAUUUUUCCAACUGCCAACAUGGCAUAUGCUUUUAUCAUAUGA